CGAUCAGGCAUCUCUUUUGCGCAUGUCUGUCCUUUAUUUAACAUUCUAAAAGUAUUUGAGACAAAAUUUUCAUUCCUUCAUUCAGAUCGGAAACUUUACAGUGAAAGCAUCUGAAAAAAGGUUCUUGAUCCGUAAUCCUCCAGUAAAAAAUAGGUUUAAAUAGUGCAUAGUGCAUAAAUAUUCACGUUAAUUAUAGUCAACUUGUCAUACAGAUAACAAGUGUUUGCUGUGCAGAAAAUAAAAAAAGAAAUACAGCUUGAAUAUGAGUCGUCCAUUGAGUGAACUCGAUAAAAGAAAGCAAAUUUCAGUUCGUGGAAUUGCACAAGUUGAGGAUGUAACUGAAGUCAAGAAAGGAUUCAAUCGUCAUCUUCACUUUUCCUUAAUUAAGGAUCGUAAUGUUGCAACACCUCGCGAUUAUUAUUUUGCAUUGGCUCAUUGCGUAAAAGAUCAUUUGGUUUCGCGCUGGAUUCGUACUCAACAGCACUACUUUGAGAAAGAUCCAAAGCGCGUGUACUAUGUCUCAUUGGAGUUUUACAUGGGACGAGCAUUGCAAAACACCAUGAUCAAUAUUGGAUUACAAGGAACAGUUGAUGAGGCUCUCUAUCAGAUGGGAUUAGAUAUUGAAGAAUUGGAGGAUAUGGAACAAGAUGCUGGUUUAGGAAAUGGUGGUUUAGGACGUUUGGCUGCAUGUUUCCUUGAUUCUAUGGCAACUUUGGCAAUGCCUGCUGUUGGCUAUGGUAUUCGUUAUGAUUACGGUAUCUUCACUCAACGCAUUCGUAACUUUGAACAAUCUGAAGAACCUGAUGAUUGGUUGAGAUUUGGAUGUCCAUGGGAGAAGGCCCGUCCAGAAUACAUGAUUCCAGUAAACUUUUUCGGUCGUGUUAUGGACACACCUGAUGGAAAGCGCUGGACAGACACUCAAAUCGUUUAUGCCAUGCCUUAUGACAAUCCAGUUCCUGGAUAUAACAACAACAUUGUUAACACAUUGCGUUUAUGGAGUGCUAAAUCACCAAUUGAGUUCAACUUGAAAUUCUUCAACGAUGGUGAUUACAUUCAAGCUGUAUUGGAUCGUAACUUGGCAGAGAAUAUUUCUCGUGUAUUGUAUCCAAAUGACAACAUGUUUGAAGGCAAGGAAUUGCGUUUGAAGCAACAAUACUUCUUGUCAGCUGCAUCUCUCGCCGAUAUUGUUCGUCGCUACAAAUCAUCUAAAUUCGCACAAGCUAAAAAUCCACAUGAUGCAAUUAAGUGUAUGCACGAGAAGGUCGCAAUUCAACUUAAUGACACUCAUCCAUCCAUCUCUAUUCCUGAAUUGAUGCGUAUUCUUAUGGACGAUGAGAAACUUUCAUGGGAUGACGCAUGGCACGUUACAACAAAUGUCUUUGCUUAUACCAAUCAUACAGUUUUGCCAGAAGCUCUUGAAAGAUGGCCAACAUCAUUGUUGCAAUCUAUGCUUCCACGUCAUUUGGAAAUCAUCUACCAAAUUAACUUCCUCUGGAUGCAACAAAUUGACAAGCUUUAUCCAGGUGAUUUCGAUAGAAUGCGUCGCAUGUCAAUGGUUGAGGAAGACGGAGAAAAACGCAUCAACAUGGCUCGUUUGUCAAUUGUUGGUUCCCAUGCUGUUAAUGGUGUUGCUGCAAUUCAUACAGAAAUCUUGAAACGUGAUCUUUUCCGUGACUUUUUCGAAAUUUUCCCAAACAAGUUCCAGAAUAAGACUAACGGAAUUACACCACGUCGUUGGUUAUUGUUGUGUAAUCCAGGUCUUGCUGAUUUGAUCUGUGAAAAGAUUGGAGACGAAUGGCCAGUUCAUUUGGAACAACUUGCACAAUUAAAGAAAUGGGCUAAAGAUCCAUCUUUCCAACGUGCUGUUGCUAAAGUUAAGCAAGAGAACAAGUUCAAAUUGGCAUCAAUUCUUGAGCAUGAUUAUGGCGUUAAAAUCAAUCCAUCUUCAAUGUUUGACAUUCAAGUUAAGCGUAUUCACGAAUAUAAACGUCAAUUGCUUAACUUGCUCUACAUUGUCUGCAUGUAUAAUCGUAUUAAGCGUGAUCCAACUGCCAAUUUUGUACCACGUACUGUUAUGAUUGGAGGAAAAGCUGCACCUGGUUAUUAUAUGGCUAAGAAAAUCAUUCAAUUGAUCUGUAAAGUUGGACAUGCUGUCAAUAAUGAUCCAAUUGUCGGUGACAAACUCAAGGUUAUUUAUUUGGAAAACUAUCGUGUCACAUUGGCUGAAAAGAUUAUGCCAGCAUCUGAUUUGUCACAACAAUUAUCAACAGCUGGAACUGAAGCUUCUGGUACUGGAAACAUGAAGUUCAUGUUGAACGGUGCUUUAACUGUUGGUACACUUGAUGGUGCCAAUAUUGAAAUGGCUGAAGAAAUGGGAAUGGAAAAUAUCUUCAUUUUCGGUAUGACUGUUGAAGAAGUUGAAGCUCUUCAUAAGCGAGGCUACAAUGCAUGGGAUUACUAUAAUCGUAAUGCUGAAUUGAAGCAAUGUAUCGAUCAAAUCUCUGGCGGUUAUUACAGCCCUGGAAAUCCAGAUGAAUUUAAGGAUGUCACCAACAUGUUGAUGCAAUACGAUCGUUUCCUUACUUUUGCUGAUUUUGAUGACUAUGUUCAGAAACAAGAUAUUGUCUCGGAUACUUAUGCGAAUCAAGCAAAAUGGCUCGAAAUGUCGAUCCACAAUAUCGCAAGCAGUGGCAAGUUCUCUAGCGAUCGCACAAUCAGCGAGUAUGCUCGUGAAAUCUGGGGAAUCGAACCAUCCUACGAAAAGUUGCCAAACCCACAUGAAGUUGUUUAAAUUAAUUAACCCAGCAAUGCAGCUAGUUAAUUCAUCUCUCUUUUUUUCUUGUUGAGAACUUUUAAUGCGUCGUUAUUAAAUAUUAAAUGAAAUUUUAAGGAAUCGUUCACAAAUCUAUGUAACAUACACAUGAGAAAAAGAAGGAACUACAGUUAAUCUAGCACGCGAAUAUUUCUUACAAUUGAACAUAACUAAUAACUGCCCAAUGUUCACCGUCUCAUUCAACACGUUUCAAUAGCGAACCAUGUUAUAAAAUGAUAUAUGGAGUGGAAUCAAGCAUGAUGGAACCUGAAGAAUGAGAACAAAAUUAUUAAAAAUCAAAAAAUUGUAAUUCAAUUGAAAUAUUUUUUAAACCUAUGAACACAAGAAAAUAUUGAAAACUAUUAAAGGAAAUAUGUUCUAUUCUGU